AAAACACGCAAAACAUCAUCGCGGAGCUCAAAAAUAACAACAAAAGCUUCGAACAAAAGAAAGUUACUACUUUUGCAGUUUCAUCAAAAAUUUCACUGUGGACAGGAAAAUUGACGACUUUAAAUCGUGUUUGUGUUGGCAAAUCAUUGUGCUCAAUUUCGUGCGUCGUCUGAAACCGAAAAACAUGUCCUAUAAUUGGUGUUAAGUGAGUGUCCGCGAAAAUAUUUCUGUCCCGAGCCAAAAGAUUGCGUGUGUGGUUUUUGGGGCUGCCUCGAAGCUGUCGUCCCAUAUUGUGCCCCGAGCCAAUGUUAUCAGUAGUGGCAGAAAGUUUGGCCUAGCGAUCAUGGAUUACAUGUUGGAUGCAUACGUGGGCUACGACAUCGGUUCCAUCGAGCCGGAUGAUAUUCCCAAAACGGACGACGUCGUUUGGAUCCUGGGCAAGAGCUACAGUGCCACCGAGGAUCUCGACUUGAUACGACGGGAUGUCCAGACUCGACUGUGGUGUACAUACAGACGGGGUUUUGUCCCCAUUGGUGGUUCCCAGCUCACCACCGAUAAAGGCUGGGGCUGUAUGCUGCGCUGUGGUCAAAUGGUGCUGGCACAGGCCCUUACCCAGUUGCAUCUCGGGCGCGAUUGGACCUGGACACCAGAAACCACUAACGAGACCUAUUUGAAGAUUGUGAAUCGCUUCGAGGACAGUAAAGCAGCUCCUUUCUCGCUGCACCAGAUUGCUCUUACCGGAGAGUCUUCAGAGGAAAAACGGGUCGGCGAAUGGUUCGGACCGAAUACGGUAGCACAGGUUCUAAAGAAAUUAGUAAAAUUUGACGAUUGGUGCAGUUUGGUGAUUCACGUUGCGCUUGACAAUACUCUAGCUACAGAUGAAGUGUUGGAACUUUGUGUGGAUAGAUCUAACCCUGAUAGCUGGAAGCCGUUAUUACUCAUCAUCCCACUGCGACUGGGGCUUAGCGAAAUCAAUCCAAUUUAUGUGGACGGCCUCAAGAAAUGUUUCGAGCUAGCAGGAAACUGUGGGAUGGUCGGCGGUCGACCCAAUCAAGCGCUCUACUUUAUCGGCUACGUAGCCGAUGAAGCCCUCUACCUAGAUCCACACACUGUUCAGCGGAGCGGUACGAUCGGUUCCAAGCGCGAUCCGGAUGAAAGGGAACUGGACGAAACGUUUCACCAAAAGUACGCCCGACGGAUCAACUUCAAAGGUAUGGAUCCAUCGCUGGCGUUGUGUUUCCUAUGUGCAACCAGAAAAGACUUUGACGAUCUGAUCCAACGCUUCAAAGAGGAUCUCAAUGGCGGCGGUUGUCAGCCAUUGUUCGAAGUGACUAAAACGCGACAAGCACCGUGGACGCCUACGACGACCUCAUCAACUUCCUCUAGGAAAAACAGUGAGCCAAACGAGACGUUCAACGAAAUUUCUGCCACAGAAAUUCAGAAUGAAGAAUUCGAAGAGGUGGAAACCCGACAGCUGGACGAGUCGGAUGAGGAGUUCGAAAUCAUCGCGUAACGGUUGGGAUAGAGUUAAGGCUUGUAUAAAAUAGGAUGGUUAGACUUUUACGGCAUAAACGCAGGGGACGGUGUGUCUUGAUAACACCGGAAGGAGUAGAUUUUAGGUCGAAUCGAUAGGAAUGUAAAGUGCUUUAAAACAACGGAAACAGUAAAAAACGUCACAGCUUGGUUUUAGCAAACGUUGAUAUAUGUACGCAGAAGUUUUUGUUAGUUUGGAUAAGUUUCCGUGGCUUUUGUUUUGGUUCCUUCAACUUUAACCUUCAUUAGUUUGCCUCGGUAUUACAGAACAACAAUUCAAUUCUCACUUUUGCACUUAUGUGCAAAGUUUGAAAAACAUAUAUAAUUUCGCACUAGCGUGAUUCUGACCUUCGAACCAUAUCCAAAUUUAUAGAUACGACGUAUUUAGUCACAUUUUUAUCAUAUUAAUUAACUAUACACAUAUUUUUAAUUGAUUGUAACUAAUUUGUACACAGCUAAAUUAAGCUAAUAAUGGUUUGUAGCAAAACGGAGAUAAAUAAACUUUUGUUCUAUUCACAAGCUUA